AAUAGGAUAACUGACUUCAUGUUGUUUACGAGGAAAACUAGUAAAUGUUAUAUUUGGAUCUGCAUCAGUCAUUUUCAUGUCAACCGUUCAGUAUUAUACUGCAUGUGGACAAGUGAUGAUCGCAAUAUAAAAUGAAAUUACUUAUUUUGGUAUACCUCGCCCAAGUGGCGUGGCCAUCAGUUUAUGGGGUCUACUAUACUGAAUCUAUCGAGCUAUUUGAACCCCCAACCAAAGUUCGCAAUGACUCAUUCUUCGGUUACAGUCUCACCUACGACCAACAGUUUAAAAAAUUGGUGGUUAGCGCGCCUAGGGAAAAUGGUAUUGGGACAGUCUAUGAUUGCAAUAUAGAUAACAAAGUUUGUUCUCCGAUUAUACAAAACGAUAUUACAAGAUUGCACUUAAAUUAUUCGCAUGACUACUGGUUCGGAGCUACUGUCAAAGCAGGACCAGAUUUCGUUGUGAUGUGUGCCCCAAGAUACACGGCUUAUAUUAAUUUUGGUAUACCAUCUUACAUAACAUUCGGGACAUGUUUGUUGCACAAAAACGGGACGAUAGAAAGGUUACAGACAAUACCACUUAACAAGAGAUCUGGUAAAGAUUUAGAGGACUACAUGGAUUCAUUUGGUUGGAGUAUUGAUGUGACUCCUGACAAAUCCAUCAUUAUCGGCGGUCCUGGCAUGAGCCACGGACGAGCAAUGCUAAUAAAAUCUGGAAAAGGCGCAGAAGCGUUAAGAACUACUUCACCUGAAUUUAAUUUUGGGUAUGCUGUCUCCGCUGGUCAUUUUAUAAGAAAGAGUACGGAAAGAGAUAGUUUGGCUUACGCAGUGAGUACAACUUAUGGGAAGGACGGAUCUGGGGAGGUCUUAUUCUUCCGAGGUCCCACACUACAGUCAAAGCUGAACAAGAAAGAGGACGUUGCCAAAGUGGGGUCUAUGUUUGGAGCAGUUCUCUGCGCCGCUCAUCUAUCUGGGGCCACCAAGAAUGACUUGCUUGUGGGAGCUCCCACUUACGGCAGUGCGACUGAGUCUGAGUACAAUCUGGGAGCUGUGUAUAUUUAUAAAGCUAAUCGUAAAAAUAAUCCACCAACUUUCGAAAAGAAAAUCGUUGGUGAAGAAUCUGGAGCACAAUUUGGAAGUGCUAUAAUUAGCCUGGGUGACUUAAAUGGUGACGGAAAAGAUGAAAUAGCCAUAAGUGCACCUUUCGAAGAUUCUGGCAGGGGAGCCGUGUAUAUUUACAGUGGUCAUGUUUUGGUCACUAAAACAGAUAAAACCGUUGAAUACUUACAGAAGAUUCUCCCUGAAGAUAGUUACGCCAAUUCCUUUGGCAUGAGUCUGACGGCUUUGUCAGACUAUGACAAGAAUGGGUGCAAUGAAUUGGCAAUAGGCUCACCCUUUACCAACAAGGUACUUCUAUUGAGAUGCAUGGCGUCGAUUUACGUGACAACGGAAGUCAUAUUCCCUUAUUUACAGGGUCGGACAAAGGCAGGUCGGACGAAUUUUGAAUUAGACGUCUGCAUAAAUGUGACAUAUCCAAAGUUACCAGAGAAAGUUAUAGCGGAAUUAGCAACAACAGUGGAGAUGUUACACGAUGAUGCUAGUUUAUUGGCCACCACUCCCAAGGGCUUUGUUAUCAAGACGGUAUCUGUCACCAUUCCUCAUCCACCAUUGCACGAAAGGAAACCAAGUUAUUGUACAAAAGUGCCCUUCACUCUACCUUUAACUGGUGCAUACCACCAUGAAAUUGUCGUGACGACAAAGACCGCGUUGCUGUACGAUCCGCGAACGCUGCCUACUUUUGACAGUUCUCGUGUGAUCUUAAGUGACCGAAGUGUGUUGGCCACUCGGAACUCUUUUUGGGCAGCCGAGUGUGCUGGCAAGAUGUGUAUACCAAUAUUGGCUGUAACACCUAAAGUUAGCUUCCAGUAUCCUGAUCACAAGUACACAAUAGGCCAAAGUUUAUACGAACACAUUGAGAUAUCUGUAUUGAAUACUGGUGAAGUCGCAUACGAUAUGUGUUUGCAUGUCUUCAUAUAUGACGUACCUGUGUUUGAAACACCUGGAAAUUGUCACCUGCAGCCAAAAGUCUCGGAUCUUUACGCGGAGGUGAAGUGCUCUCCGCCGAUUCCUUUACAGACUGGACAGGAUUGGACAACCGGCCAAAUUAAGCUAGAGAUGAACCAUCUCAACAAUUUAGACACGAACGUUACGAUAAAGAUUCAAAAAUUCAAUUACUGCGGUAAGCCAGAAAAUGAAGAAACUACGAUAGUGACGGAUAUGGUGCCUGAUAUUUUUGGUCCCGUUGUUAAAGGAGAAACCGAUAUUGGUAUGUACGUAAACAUAACGCAUGAAGAUGUGGAUACUAACGGCAAGAAGUUUCAACAUAUUUUUACCAUCGUGAAUAUCGGUGUUACGAACUAUGCACCAUUUGAGGUCCUAGUAACAUUGCCGAAGCAUCCAUACCUUUCAUACGAUAAGAUCUUUAUGAUCUUUUCGUUAGCUAGAACGCAAAUUUCCUGUAUACGGAAUUCUGACGAUGAUACUGAGUCGAACUAUAUGUGCACGUUAGAGGAUUUGGUGGGAAUGAACAAGACUCAAGCUAAAGUUGUUGUACCGAUAAACAUUUUAAGUGGAACGCUGGGAAAUAGACUCGAAGAUAACAAAAAUGUGACGAUCACUUCUUCGAUAAAAUUGCUGCUUCCUGAUCACUCUGUCUCUGGAAGCACUGAAACAAUCAUAAUGCUUCAAGAACCAGAAUUUCCACUUAUGUGGAUUAUUAUUGGAGUGUGUGUCGGCCUCUUCUUCAUCAUUAUCAUAGCAAUCGUGCUCUAUAAGGUUGGGUUUCUGCGCCGCAAGAAAAAAGAAGAGUUGAUAAAUUUGCGGAAGAGUGUGAGGCGCCAGACUAUUCUACGGCGAAGCACAAUGCCUACUGGUCGACCUUCCGUCAGUGGACCCUCGGAUGCUGAUAAACUGGUUCUGGAAACCACGAAGGAAGACGAUGAAGAAGAGCAGAGCAAAACAUCUACCUAAUCAGUAUUGAAAUAUUAAAAUUACGUUAAGUGUAUUAUAAUCUUAUAUUCUGUAGUUUAUUUUCUUAAUGGUAAGUUUAAGGUUACCAAUGAAAUAUUGUACAACAGUUCCACCCAAGUAAUCUUUAUUAUAAUUUACUGUCAAAAUAAACAGUAUGGCGAUAAAAAAA